AAACACACGCACACACACACACACACACACCUUCAAGUGACUCGAGCCCGUGCCGUGGCUUUGUAACGAGCCGUCCCAGUCCAAUGCGAUGAUAUUCGUCUCAUGCAUCCGGGCUGUCAGGCUUAUCUGGUUACAAAAUGAGUCAAAAGCUAGUUUGGGUGGUUGAAACCGACCUGGGUUAAAUGUCAGUGGCGCUUUCAGUUCAUGCCACAUUCCUGGAUUCUUCACCAGAACACAAGCUUUUUUGGUCGGGAGUUUCGACGGGCUGCUUUUGUUGAGGCAGGGCUUGGAAGAACAGAGGAAUUUUUGGAAUAUCGAAAAGCUGCUGGUGGAAAACUGCCGGAAACGCACAAGUCCAAGUCGUCUGGGAUUCGUAUCGUUCACAUGAUGGAUGUGAUUUCACAGUGCACGGAGGAAAUGACACGAUCUGUCACCCUGGAUUAACACGGACUCAGAUUCACCCAUUGGUGGGAUUUGUUAUCCACGAAUUAACGUGGCAUUUGGGCAAACUCCUUUUGGCAGGAUGUUGACACCAUGAAGGCUUGGGAAUACUGACCAUAAUAUAAUCGGGAAGAUUUCUGCCUACAUGCUCACAGCUUGCAGUGCAGAAUGGCAUCGCCCGAGAGACUGUAUGAGGUUUGGAUGCUGUACUGCAAUAAGAAGGACCCGGACUACCUGAAACUCUGGUUGGAGAUCUUCAUCGGCUCCUACGAGAGAUGCCUGGAUGUGGAUUUCGAGAAACCACCAACCAGGUUGGAGGAGACGCCGCCCGUCAUGACGCUGUUACCUGAUAACAUCCUGCAGGUGUUGCGUCUGCAGCUGCUGCAGUGUGUGCAGAAAGCGUCUGAGGGACUGGAGCCUGAGCAGCAGACGUUGGCCCUCCUGCUCCUCAAGUUCCUCAUCGUCAUCUGCAGGAACCUGUCAAAUGUGGAAGAGAUCAGCGCCUGUUCCUACAUAAACCACAUCAUCACCAUGACAACACUUUAUAUCCAGCAGCUGAAGAGUAAGACGAAAGAGAAGGAGCUGGCUGAUCAGACACAAGCCGAGGAGUUUGUCCGUCACGCUUUGGCCUUCUGUGAGAGUCUGUAUGAUCCCUAUCACAACUGGAGGCAUCGCAUUCACGGACAGCAGCUCAGUACUGUGGAGAGAAGCAGACAGAAGUUUAAAGCUGCACCGCUCACUGUAGAGUUUGUGCCCUUCUUCUACCAAUGUUUUCAGGAGAGUGAGCACCUGAAGGACAGUCUUAAAUGUUGCCUUUUGCACCUGUUUGGAGCCGUUGUUGCGGGUGGACAGCGUAACGCCCUGCUGGCCAUCUCUCCGGCCACGAUGGAGGUGCUGCUGGGAGUGUUGGGUGCCGGUGAGUGUCUGAGCGGAGGUGGAGACGGAGAGGACUGGGACAGCGAGGAUCCUGACAGGAAGGCUUUGUUGACUCUGGGCUGUUUGCGGGAGGUGGUGCACCGGCUCCUGGCCAGCAGCUCCGAUCAGAGACAGGUGGAGAUCAGCUCAGUGCUGGAGAGCUACUUCAAACUGCUCAACUCGGACCCCGCCGCCACAGCGCAGGUCAAAGGUCGCCCGUCGCCGCCCCGCUCUCGGCACUGGGAGAGCCGCUUUGUGGCAUUACAGGUGAACAUGCUCGAAACCAUUCAGGACAUGUUUGAGUGCAGCGACCGCCCCGUCCUGCAGGCCAUCUUCCUCAACAGUAACUGCUUUGAGCAUCUGACCCGACUCCUGCAGAACAGUAAGGUGUUCCAAGGGAGGCUCGACUCUCUUGCCAUGGCAACGAUCAAAACUCUCACGACAGUGAUGCACAAGUCGCCUGCUGCAAAGGAAGUGUUUAAGGAGCGGAUUGGCUACACUCACCUGUAUGAGGUGUUGGUGUCACUGGGUCAACCGUCCAGACACCUGCUGAAGGAACUCAUGAACAUGGCUGUUGAGGGUGAGCAUUCGUCCGUGGGUCUCCUGGGCAUCAGCAACGUGGAGCCUCUCCUGCUCCUGAUCCAGUGGCUUCCAGAGCUGGACUCUGCCGAGCUGCAGAUCUUCACUGCCGACUGGCUCCGGCGCAUCUGCUGUCUGAACCGGUGCACGCGAGCCACCUGCGUCAACUCCUGCAUGACUGCCAGAGUGCUGUCGGCUCUGGAGAGACACGAGCGGCUGCACCGGGCCUGUGCCGAGAGUCUGGUGGGCCUGUUGGGGUCUUUAGGCAGCCAGUCGCUGAGUUCCUCUGAGCUCCAGAAUCUGCUGAGACUCCUGCGUCAGGACGAGCCGGGCCGCGCUCACCCGUAUGUGGGUCCGGUGCUGCGGGCGCUCCUGGGGAUGGUGCGCAAACAGGGCCUGGAGAGCGCCAUGCAGUACUUUGAUCUGUCGCCGCCCAUGGCUGGCAUCGCCGUGCCGACCAUCCUCCGUUGGCCAGGCUCCGCCUUCAGCUUCGUUGCUUGGCUGUCAUUGGACCAAGAUCAGCUGGGCCCGCCCAGUAAAGGAGAGAAGAGGAAGCAGCUAUAUAGUUUUUUCACCCCGGGCGGCACCGGGUUCGAGGCCUUUAUCAGUUCAGCCGGAGUGCUUGUGGUUGCCGUGUGCACUAAGAAAGAAUACGUCACCGUCAUGUUGCCUGACUACUGCUUCUGUGAUUCGCUUUGGCACAGUAUUGGUGUCGUUCACGUGCCGGGGAAGAGGCCGUUUGGCCAGAGUCUGGUCUACAUCUUUGUGGAUGGACAGCAGAAACUAUCAGCACCUUUAAAAUACCCAACCAUGACUGAGGCCUUCACGUCAUGCUGUAUCGGUUCAGCGGGUCACCGCACCACGACGCCUCCUCCCUCUCAGAUCCCUGAUCCUCCGUUUUCCGGAGGCAAUCCCUCCGGACGCUCGUCAUUUGGCGCUAUCCUCCCGGGUUGGGGCGGCCUGCUAGGGACCAAACCUGAGUCUGUCACCAAACUGAUUUCCGCCGGGACUCAGGACAGCGAGUGGGGCAGUCCCACCUCACUGCAAGGCCAGCUGGGAAGUGUCAUGGUCUUCCACGAGCCCCUCCAAGCCAGUCACGUCAAAGCCCUCUGUAGCGCAGGACCAAACUGUAUUUCUCCCUUUAAAAGUCAAGAGGCUGAACUCGGAGACCUGGCGCCCAAACUUCUGCUACACUAUUCUCCAAAGUUGACUUUGUUAACCCCUGAGUUGCAUCACGUGGACCCCUCGGGGUCAGAGUUCAGCACCCCUGACUCAGCCACACCCGCUGAUGGAGACUGGGUCAUACUGCCCUCAAACAGAGCGUCAGAGGCCAGACUGGAGAAGAAUCUCGUGGCAACGUUCUUGCUGGUGAUCAAGCAUUUCCUGCAGAGGCAUCCUAUAAACCAGGAAACCCUUCUGCACUCCCACGCUGUGGCCACGUUAGGAGCUCUGCUGCAGAAGUUUUUUGUGGCUCUUAUACUUUUGCGCUGAUCUUGAUGUAUUUUUCACGGUGAAGGUCACAUCCAGUACAUGUCCACCAUCAUCAAAGACAGCAGGAAGCAGUUCAGGAAGAAAUAUGGAGUGCAGUUCCUGCUGGACACAGUUCGCCUUUAUUAUGGUUCUGGAAGUAAAGAUGCAGAUUUGAGUGAGGACGACAUCAAGACAAUCAGAGCUUCUCUCUGUGGCCUUCUGAAGUAUUACAUCAGCAAGGGAACCACCCAAGAGGAGAUCCAGAGCAUUCUGGGAUACAUCGCUGCCAUUGGAGAUGAGGAACAGCUGUGUGGGAUCCUGGAGCUGCUGUUGACUCUUCUGCAGACCAGCACGGCGCGGGACCAGCUCUUCCUGCUGCUGUUUGAACCGGGAGCAGCCGACUCCUGCUACGCUCUGCUGCUCAACAACAAACACUCCGACCGCCUCCGAGAGCUCGUCUUCAAGCUGUUUGAGCGGAUGCUGAAGUGUGACCGUGUGUAUGAGAAGAGCAAACAGAGGUUGCGCUUGAGGGAUGUGGGAUACUCUGGCCUCAGUCUGCUGUUUUCAGACCUGCACCUCACCUCCACCCUCAUCAAGUGCCUCCUUCACCAAGUGCUGUCUACUGAUACUGUUAUAAACUAUAAAGAUCUGAUGGCUGUGGUUCUGCUGACCCAUAAAGCCGGGCCCAGCAUUCGCCUGACUGUAUGCAAGAGGCUGUAUGCGCUGCUGCAGUCUCAGCAGGAUGCAGCGCUGCAGAUCUCCAGGCAGACGUGUUGGCAGGGCACUCUAAUGAGUUUGUUUGUCCGGAGCCCUGGGAGCGACGGAGGUUCUGGUUCGGGCCGUGGUGACGCGGCCAGUCUGGGGAGUUUCGAGCUGAGCCGCAGCAGUGGAGGAAACCGCCUGGAGCCUCCUCUGGAGCGCAGGCCUCUGGGAGACAGUGUGGGGAGGCUUGAGGAGCGAGACAGCGCCUCAGACAGCAGGUCCAUAGACAGCCUGGACAACGGAGAGCUGAUGUCCCUCUCCGAAACACCAGGGGACGUGCCCACACCCAAAGCCUGGGGCAGGAAAGCUGGGGUCUUGAGUUUGGACCUGUCCCAGCUGCAUCUGUUCGAUCACGGGGACAGCGGCAGUCAUACUCCGGGCAGCAUGCCGAGCACACCGUCUCCUCUGGAGAACGCAAAGCCCUUUCCUGGAGCUUCCUCUCUGAAUGAUGACAGCUUCCUGUUUAGUGACAAUGUGUCCCUGGGAGAGUCUUUUAACAGUGAG